AUGUUCGUCACCAGUCUCUUUUUGUCGAGCGGUAGGAAUCGCCGAAUUUCCGAACGAAUGAGCAGAAGUGCAUUGCUGAAGGAUUUAAAAACAUCAGAAGGAUACGGGAACGACGUUGUCGUAAUCAUAAUAUCGAUCAUCAGUUGCGUGUCGAUUAGUUCAUACGCAUCCAAGACGUUAACUUUAAUGAAUAAACGUUCUCCGAUAUAG